CUGCUGUGGGUUCCCCCCCAACCCACCCAGCCAGGAACCCCCAUUGCACGUGGGGGGCCAGGAGGGAGGGUCCUGCCUCGGGAGGGGGGGGGAGUCAGAGAGUAGGGGGGCGUCCCCUGCAGCCCCCCCGUCCCUGAAACUGCUGCUGCUUUGGGGGGGCUGCCUCUGUCUCCCCCCUCCAGCUGUGCACCCCCGACCGUUUCUUUUGGGGGGGGCAUAUAAGGGGUGUCCUAGCCAGACUAUUACCCCCCCCGCGCUCUUGCCCUGCAGCCCCCUCCCCUGUUCCCCCCCCUCUCCCGGUACCCAGACUGCUCCCACGAUGGUCCGCGCCUUCUUGAUCCACCCGUUGCGCGCCCGUCCCGGGGAGGAUCCCGAGCCCGGCCAGCUCCUCUUCUGCAGGGUCUUCGUGGCGGAAGCGGCGGCGGCGGCGGCGGCGGCAGAGGCUCCGCACCCGGAGAAGGAGCGCCUGCGGUCGGUGGCCAGACAGGUGGAAACGGCGUGCAGGCUGCAGCUGAGCCUCUCCGGGAAGCAACCUUCUGAGCACCUUCACCAGCCGCUGCCCGAGGAAGCCGUUUCUCUUCAGGAGACCCCAUUUGGAGUCUUCCGCCUCCUCUCAGGAGACCCCUUCUCCGAGGACAAAACGGUGCUCUGGUUGGGGGUCCAGGGCUUGGCGUUUGCUCUGGUCUGCGACCCCGACGAAAACCUGAUGCUCGCAGAGGGCGCCCUGAGACUCCUGGCGAAGGCUUUGCUGGAGCACCUCAAGCUUCUGACCGCGGGGGGCAGCGACGUGCUCCUGAAGGCCGACCGGAUGGAGGCCGUCCUGGAGAAGUUCCUGCCUCACGGACAGCUGCUCUUCCUGAACGAUCAGUUUGUGGUGGGCCUGGAGAGAGAGCUGGGCGGCCAUCUUGGCAAAUGAAAGACCAAGGCUGGGAGGGAGGGGCUUCCUGCUACCCCCAAGACAAGACUCACUCGCCCCGGUUCUCCCAGCGUUUAUUUGGCAUACUUAAGAAUUGGUGGGCAGGGCAGGGUGUAAAAAGGUGUGCCUUACCUGCUUGUAAAAUGUUAUGAGGAACUUUCGGGGGGUGUGUGUGUAUUGAAUAAGAUCAGCAUCUUCAUCCGCUGUUUUUCGUUGUUGUUUCCCCCCAAGAACUUUGUAAAAUGUUCACUUUGGUCAAGAGUGGUGUGGAGUCCCGAUUCCAGGCCAUGGGUGAUGACCCGGGGUGUGA